UUGGCGCCAUUGCUUGGUUCAAAAACGGAAAACCCUGCUCAUGAGUAGGUUACUAGAUUUACAUUCCAUUAGCUUAGUCGGGUGCUAACGAGCUUAAAACGAUGGAUUCAUCCGAUUACGUGCUAGAAACGUUGAGAAAAGACAUAACUGAGCACAAUUUACAAAUUAGAGCGAUAAUUCAGGACAUCAACGCAUGCGUCGGCCCAUUGGCUGAAUUGCAAGGUUUGAAUAGCGCGGGACGUUCAAAAAUUUCCGCCUUGCGGAAAUUCAUCGACAAAUUCGGGGAUAUAGCCAAAGAGCGCAAAAACCCCACGUUUUUGAAAGACGUAGUUUCGUAUCGUGAACAAUUAGCGAGCACAAUGGAGGCGUUCAAAAAGGCCAAUAUUAGUGCGAUGUUGGCCAUAGAAAAGGGGGCUCAGGAGGAGUUGUUGAAACCGAAAACUGAGGAAACGGCGCUGCGUCAAAGGCAAAAACGCGAUAAGGAAAAUUUGGUCAAAAUGAGCUCAAAUGUAACCGAACAGUUGUUAUCAAUCAGUCGGCAAUUAGCUGAUACGACGAAAAGGAGUGCGGAUACGCUGGACGCGCUAGUUACUUCCUCCGAUAGUGUAAUCGGGUCACAGGAAGAACUCAAAAUAACCUCAAGUACAAUUAGCCAGUCGGGGAAAUUGCUGGCGAAGUAUGGGCGAAGGGAAUUCACCGAUAAAAUCCUCAUGUUCUUUGCGUUUGUCUUCUUUGUGGCGUGUGUUUUUUAUAUCGUGCAAAAACGAUUAUUUUAAAUAAACUUCAACUACUUUCGUUAUAA